CAACAACAGGGUGAGAAGAGAAUCCUCUUCCUUCCUUCCGAUCAACCUGGCAGAAAUAAAGAAGAGAUGGAUGAUGCGGAAGGUAGAAGAUAUUGGUGUUACCAUUGUUGUGAGGUGGUGAAUCCAAUGAUAGAGUCGGAGGGAGGAGUAGAAUGGCAAUGCCCCAUAUGUGGGAAUGGCUUUGUGGAGGAAAUGGAAUCUGCAACUGCCCCUCAAAACCCCUUUGAUUCUGAUCCUGCACUCGCUCUUUGGGCACCGAUCUUGCUUGGAAUGAUGAGCAGCAACGCCCGUCACAGGUUCAGGCGCUUGGAAUUGGAAGGCAACAAUAGCGAAAGCAAUGGUGGGAAUGAGAGGCUCAGGCGCUUGGAAUUGGAAGACAACAAUAAUAGCGAAAGCAAUGGUGAGGGUGAAGAUCGUGAGCUGGAGUCUCUAAUUCGUAGGAGGAGGAGCAUUGCCAGACUUGUGCAGCUGCUGCAAAGCAUUCGAGGUGGACUAUUAUCCGCGAAUUCUUCUGUAGUUGAUAGAAGCGAGAGAGGGAGGAGGUUCGGGGGGGAGCCAAUGAUAGUCAUAAAUCCCUUGAACCAAACCAUCAUUGUUCAGGGCUCUUCUGAUUCCAAUCCUCCUCCCCCUACUCCUCCUCUUCCAGGGAACCAAGCUAUAGGCGCCUUGGGCGAUUACUUCAUUGGCCCUAGUUUAGAAAUGCUUCUGCAGCAUUUGGCCGAAAAUGAUCCAAACAGGUAUGGAACACCGCCAGCCCAGAAAGGGACAGUGGAGGCUCUGCCAAUGGUGAAGGUUGAGGACGAUGCAUCACAAUGUUCUGUUUGCUUGGAAGACUUUGAAAUCGAGGCAGAAGCAAAGGAGAUGCCGUGUAAGCACAGGUUCCACAGCGACUGCAUCUUGCCGUGGCUCCAGCUUCACAAUUCUUGUCCGGUCUGUAGGUACCAGCUGCCUCCUGAUCAACCCAACAAUGCUGAGGAGGCUCCUCAAGGCAGUAGAAAUCAAAAUGGGCAACACUUCUCAAUAGCAAUUCCAUGGCCAUUUUCAUCCUCAACCCCCCCAGCAUCCCAAUCUAGCAAUGGUUAUGGUUAUUCAUUGCCACCAAAUACCUCCUCAUCAACAAAUGCUAGCCAGACUACUCAUACACACGAUAAUUAAAUUACUGUACAACAUCAGUUAACAAACUUGCUGUAUUAUGUGAGGAUGUUGGCUGGGCUGCUCAUGCUUAUGUACAAAAUUAGGGCAAAUUAUACUGUAUGUGGACCAGACUCUAUCUUGCAUUUUUAAUCCGGAUUCAAAAAUAACUUUUAGAUUA